UAAAUUCAUUGAUAAAUAAAUUGUUAAUUAAUUUUCGUUUUGAUUGAAAACAAUGGUUAAGAGGAAGAAGAAACCAAUUACUAAAAGUGAUUCAUUGAUGGCUAACAUUGAAGUCAACGAUUUGUUUAGUGAAUUGUUGGCCGAAAAUGAAAGACUUGUUAAUGUAUUGAAUGAAUUGAAAAGUUAUUUGAAAACAAUUCACACGAAAUACGAGACAAUGAUUGCCGACGAAGACAUCAAACAGUGGCAGACAUUACAACAAUCAAUGGAUACAACUGUCGAAGAAUACAAUAGUAAUGAUAGUCUGAGAGUUGUUAAACCGAAGAAAAAUAAUGAAUUAAAUCGGGAAUCAAUUGAUGGCAAACAAUCGGCAAAUAGUAAUAACAACAUUGAUGUCAAUGAAGAAGACACCAAUCAAUUGUCAGUACAACCUCUGUGUCAGACGACUGUCACCACUAGUAUUCAAGAGCCAGAAGCAAAUUCUAGCGACAAAACUAAUAAUAGUAAUACAAGUAAUCUGUUGGAUGACUACCAGAGCCGGCCGUACAACAAGUUUCUGUACAAUAAGCUAUCUCUUUGGCAAAACACAAAAGCCAAACGUUUAACUAAUGAUAAUAUAAACCAAAUCCAUGACAAAUCCGGACUAAACGAUUCAAUUGAUGACAAACAAUCAGAAAAUAGUGAUUAUGAUUGUGAUAUCAAUGAAGACAAUGAGGAAAUCAAUUAUGAAGAUGACAAAGAAGAAGAAGAAGAAAUGCUAACUUUGACCACAAAUGAAACGCCAAAACCCGAGACAAGUCAUAAAAGUAACACGAAGUUUGAAAUCCAAGACAACAAUCAAUACGCUGACAAUACUGAUGACAGACUACAGGAUUCAAUUGACAACAUAAUUAAGUCAGAAACUAAUGAUAAUGUGAUUGAUAUCAGUGACGACUCAACCGAUAAUCAAUUAGAAGAAGGAGAAAUUUUCUAUUUGCAGACAACUGCCAUCACAAAUGAAUUGCCAAAACUCAAGACAAUUCAUAGCGGUGUCCAACACAACAAUCAAACCGGUAAUCCUGAUGACCGACUAUCUGAUUAUUAUGUGGACGAUUUGUUUCUAGAAAAAACCUAUGAUUCGAUAACCCAACAGUACAUAUGUCCAGCUGUCGGAUGUGCUCUGCCAUACACUACACCAUUGAGACUAUUCAGACACUAUCGGAAAUUUCAUCGACAAAUUGCUGGAACUGUCAAAGUGGCAGAAAAAGUUUAUCCGCAAAGUAAUAGGAAAUCGUUGUCCGAUAUUUGCGAAUCGGAUCGGAAACUAUUGUUAUUGUUGAAGAACUGUACGAUUGAUCAUAAAACUCAACGAUUUUUGUGUCCAAUUACUGACUGCGACCGAAGUUACCGAACUAAACAUAUGCUUGAUGAACACUUUCGCAACUAUCACUACAAACCAUACACCAAACGGUUUAGUUGUCCGCAUCCCGAUUGCAAUUAUCGAACUGACAAAAGGGCUACAUUUAAUAAACAUAUUUAUACACACAAUGAAAACCGUACCAAAAACUACCAGUGCUCACAAUGCGACAAAGCAUACAUAAAUAAAUGCGAUCUAACCAAACAUAUUAAUAUUAUACACUUAAAGAAAAAAUUUAAGUGCGGUAUAAAUGGUUGUACAACAAUGUUCACCCGUGACCAUCAUCGGUCAAUCCAUCGACAACAAGUACAUCAUAUGAAAUAUGCCGACCGUAAUAAGCCGGGCAACUUUUUGUGUGACUGGCCCGGUUGCGAGAUUCGUAGUCAAUCAGCUUGUCAUCUUAAGAAUCACUACCGUAAGCAUACGGGUGAACGGCCGUACAGGUGCGAGUGGCCAGACUGUCAACAACGAUUUUCUAGCAAAUCUUGUCUCAAACGACACGUUAUAUGUCAUCAAAAUCUCAAGCCAUAUGUAUGUCAAUGGCCCGGUUGUGACUAUCGGGGCAAUAGUAGUGCCAAUCUGUAUGCACACAAAAAGAUACAUCAAAGACAACAACAACAACAACAAUCAGCUAAUACUACAAUAAAGAUAAAACCAAUUAAUAAUAGCUAA